AUGGCGUCUUUUGAAAGGAUUACAUAUCGGCGAAUGCUGUAUUUUGCAGUAUUUAUUCCUAUUUCAGGUGUUUUAUGUUUUAGUGAGCUGUUUUUCAUCAAAGAGCCACACGACGUGAUGGUUUUGAGGAAGGACCCUGUGAUUUUGGACUGUCAAGCCCGUGGAGAAGUACCUGUGUCAAUGACGUGGCUCAAAAAUGGAGUAAAAGUUACAGAAAACGAGCGUGUAUAUGCCCUGUCCAAUGGCUCGCUCUACAUUGCAGAGGUGGAAAACCGAAGAGGAGACAAAUCUGAUGAAGGUUUCUACCAGUGUCUUGCGCAAAACAAAUAUGGAGCCAUUUUGAGCCAAAAAGCCCACCUUACUAUAGCAAGUAUCUUACACUUUGAAGUCCAGCCAGUUUCUUCAGUGGUGGAGCAGGGUUCAGUGGCCAGAUUUACCUGCAAGAUCCAUGCCAACCCUCCGCCAAUCAUCACAUGGGAGUUGAAUCGAACCAUACUGCCUCUGGCUACAAACAGGAUAACUGUGCUGCCCAAUGGAGUCCUGCAGAUCUAUGGAGUUGAUCAAGGAGAUGCUGGGAAUUAUCGCUGCUUGGCAACUAACAUUGUGAACCGUCGAAGGAGCACAGAGGCAACACUGACAGUUACUUCAGUUCUAGAGCCAAGGCCACUGCAGAAGCCAAGAAUCAUCGCGGGACCUCAAAACAUUACAGCAACCCUGCAUCAGAGGGCCAUCUUGGAGUGUGUGGCCACUGGCAAUCCAAAGCCUAUCAUUUCAUGGAGCCGUCUAGACCACAAGUCGAUUGAUGUGUUCAACACACGUGUGUUGGGCAAUGGAAACCUGAUCAUCUCUGAUGUGAAGCUGCAGCAUGCUGGCGUGUAUGUGUGUCGAGCCACCACUCCAGGCACACGCAACUUCACCGUGGCCACUGCAGCGCUCACUGUUCUAGCACCGCCUUCAUUUGUCGAGUGGCCAGAGAGUUUGACCAGGCCUCGCGCAGGAACUGCUCGGUUUGUUUGCCAGGCGGAAGGUAUCCCGAACCCCAGGAUCACCUGGCUUAAAAAUGGGCUGAAGAUCCACUCCAAUGGAAGGAUCAAAAUGUACAACAGUAAAUUGGUUAUAAACCAAAUCAUUCCAGAAGAUGAUGCUAUUUAUCAGUGCAUGGCAGAGAAUGACCAGGGUUCCAAUCUGUCAAUGGCCAGGCUGAUUGUGGUCAUGUCUGAGGAUCGGCCAAGCACACCAAGAAACGUCCGUCCUGAAACAGUGUCCAGCUCUGCCAUCCUGCUGGCCUGGGACAGACCUCUGUACAACUCGGACAAAGUCAUUGCAUAUUCAGUGCAUUACAUGAAAGCAGAAGGUUUGAAUAAUGAAGAAUAUCAAGUGGUUAUUGGAAAUGAGACAACACGCUACAUUAUUGAUGACUUGGAACCAGCCAGCAAUUACACAUUUUAUAUUGUAGCCUACAUGCCCAUGGGAGCCAGCCGCAUGUCAGACCAUGUCUCCCAGCACACUUUUGAGGAUGUUCCACUACGGGCUCCUGAAAUCAGCCUGACUAGCCGCAGCCCCACUGACAUCCUGGUCUCCUGGCUUCCCAUUCCUGCCAAGUUUAGCCGAGGCCGCAUUGUGACGUACCGCCUCUCCUACCGCAGCAGCUCGGAGAGCACCAUCACCACCCUCGAAAUUCUAGGAGCCAAGUCCAAGCACCUGAUUGAGGGCCUGGACCCUGACACCAUCUACCUGCUUCGUGUAGCGGCCGCCACAAAGAUAGGCUGGGGUGAACAGUCUGUCUGGACUUCCCACAGAACCCCAAAAGCAUCCAGUGCUAAAGUGCCCAUGGCUCCUGAGCUGCGUUUGGAGCCGUUAAACUGUACGACCAUCCUUGUCAGUUGGCAGCCCUCUCCAGUCAACACGGCCAACAUUCAGGGAUACAGGCUGUUCUACUGGGAGGACAGCCAACAAGAGAGCAUGCCCAUUCAGCUGCGUGCCCAGGACUUGCACCGCACCAUUGGCGGCCUAGAUCCAAGAAAAAAGUACCAUGUGAAGUUGCUGGCCUACAGUUAUGCGGGUGAGGGAUAUCAAGCAGACCAGACUGUCAGCACCCCAGGAUGUGUGUCGGUUCGUGAUCGCAUGGUCCCCCCACCACCUCCCCCUCACCACCUUUAUGCGAAAGCCAACGGUUCAUCCUCCAUUUACCUGCACUGGGGAAGACCAGCCUUUACUCUGACUCAGCCAGUGAACUACACCGUUCGCUGUAACCCUGUAGGCCUGCAGAAUGCUUCCCUGGUUUUGUACCUUGAGACAUCAGAGCCGCACCUGCUGGUGAAAGACCUUGAACCGCACACUGCAUAUGAGUUUGCAGUACGCCUGCACGUCGAGCAGCUCUCCAGUCCCUGGAGCCCCGUGGUUUAUCACACCACCCUAUCAGAAGCUCCCUCUAGCCCCCCAUUGGGAGUGAAGGUGACUCUGAUAGAAGAUGACACGGCUCUCGUAUCCUGGAAGCAGCCGGAUGAGCCCAAUACAGUUGUGACUCGCUACACCAUCCUUUAUGCCUCCAGGAAAGCAUGGGUUGGUGGAGAGUGGCAAGUGCUUCAAAGAGAAGGAACUAUAACCAUGGCCUUGCUGGAGAACCUUCUUCCAGGAAACGUCUACCUCGUUAAGAUAUCGGCAUCAAACGAAGUGGGAGAUGGGCCCUUUUCUAACGCCGUGGAGCUCGCUGUCCAGUCGAAGGGAGCUCAGUCCAGUCAGAAACCCAAGCGCUCUGAUGGCACAGAGGCCAGAGCUUACUCUGACAGCUUUUACCACCUGGACCAGAAAUCAAUGACUGGGAUCAUUGUAGGAGUUUGCAUAGCCCUGACGUGUAUCAUGAUCUGCGUUCUCAUUCUGAUCUACCGGAGUAAGGCUAGAAAAUCAUCCGCUAGCAAGAUGGCUCAGCAGGGUAAUGGGCAGGUCCCCCUAACUUCAGUGUCAUUGGCUAACGGAAGCCAAGCCGAGAAUGCCGAGUCCUUCAUGCCAAUGGUCUCGGAUAAUUUUAUUGAUGCAAAGGGUGGGACUGGUCUGAUCAUUAACAGUGCUGGGCCUGUGAACCUUAAACCAACAAAAAAUAAAUGGCUAUUCUUCACUUGUGAAGAUAAACCGAACGCAAAGACGGGCCAGGCACAGAGAAGGCUACAGACCCUUUGCUCUUACCAAUCAGGAACUACCAUGCUGACCCAUGAGGAGUCGUCCCCCACUUCCCUCCAAGUUCUGUUUGGCCCCAUGUGUGACACGGAGCAUUCCAACAACAGCGAGGGAAGCCACGAAACGGGGGACUCUGGGAGAUACUCGCAUGAUGAAAUGGAAAUGACCCAACUUUCUUCCGUGGGCAGUAGCAGACCUCCUUCACUGGAGCCUUUCACAGGGAACGAAGGAGGUCUGGCCUGUGACGAGCCUAGCUUAGGUCCACCUCAUUUUUUUAUGGAAAUCCCGGCAUCCGCUUCCUCGCCACCCCAAAACGAGCAGUUUGCAACAUCUCUAGCUGUGUUUCCUCUUUAACAACGAUGGGCAUUGGCGUCAUUUAUGCAUCUGUUUGGAAAGGACAAUGAGCAGGGAGACAAAGAGGCUCAAACCUCACCAGGCACCAAUUUUUUUGAGCUACUUUUUAUUUGUGAAUGAAUGUUUCUUUUUUAUAUAAAUAUAUAUUAUUUUGUUUUUUGUUUAA